AAGUGCAGCUGCUGCGGAAUGCGGAUGUGUCUUUUUGUUGUGAAAAUGGGCUGACACCACACAGAUGUAAGACAAUAUAAAUAUUUGUUUGCACUGAACUGACAAUGGAUUGACAGGAGUAAGAUGAAGAGUAAAUAGCAGCGGGCAGUCUUAAGUCCACCGCGCCCUCAGGUUUGUUAGUGUGUUUGGAGACAUGCCCCGGCGUGUUGGUUUACCAUUGGCUACCUGUACCUUCUGUAUCAUCAUCUAAUAUUAACCACACCUCAGAGCUGUCCUCUGCACACACUGCGGCUGCUGUCCGCUGCUCAGGCUCACUGUCCCCGUUAUGUGUCAUCUACAGCUGAGGACUUUGGUUUUUGUAGCCUGGGUGCUGGGGUACAUCGCCUUCCUGCUCUCCAUCAGGAGGAUGUGGACCGGGAAGUACGUCCGCAGUCCGCUGGUCCGCUCUCUGUUCAUGAACAUGGUGAGCGAGAGCGAGGCGGCUGCGAGCGAUGCACAAGAGUGGUACAGGUGCUGUCCGGAAGUGCUUGGAGAAUCAGUAGAGCCCCUGUUCAUCCAGAGUCACCUGGACUCAGGUACCAAAGCUUUCCUGAAGAAGAGUGUGGAGAAGUCCGGCUGGAUGUUCACUCAGCUCUACCACUCGUUUGUCUCCACGGUCCUCAGUCCGUUGGUGUCACGCACCUCCAUUAAUGGGUUUCUGGGUCGCGGCUCCAUGUUUGUGUUCUCUGAGGAGCAGUUCAGGCGGCUGCUCCGAAUCGGUCCAGAGUGGAGGGCCGAGAGACUGCUGGACCUCGGAGCGGGGGACGGAGGCGUCACAGAGGUGAUGGGAGCUCAUUUUAGAGAAGUCUAUGCAACAGAGGUCUCUGUGCCCAUGAAGUGGCAUCUUCAGAGGAGGAAUUACAAAGUGCUGGGCAUCGACGAGUGGCAGCAGACUGGUUUCCAGUACGAUCUGGUCAGCUGUCUGAACCUGCUGGACCGCUGUGACGACCCUCUGCAUCUCCUGCAGGACAUCAAGCGAUCACUUGUUCCCAACACAGGGAGGCUCAUCCUGGCUGCAGUGCUUCCCUUCCAGCCUUACGUGGAAGUCGGAGGAAGAUGGCAGCGUCCCACAAAUCACCUCAAAGUAAAAGGAAAAACAUGGGAGGAGCAAGUGACCAACCUGUCCAAUGAGGUGUUCCGGAGGGCGGGGUUUGAGGUGGAGGCUGUGACACGGUUGCCGUACCUCUGUGAAGGAGACAUGUACAACGAUUACUACGUCCUGGAUGAUGCUGUGUUCGUCCUGAAGGCCUCAGAGGAGAGUUCAGUGUCUGUUUAUUGAACACCAGACGCUCUGUGGGAGCGUCUGAAGACGACUUCCGCUCCUGAACGGAUCUUUGUGCAAUUAUCAGAAGCUUCAUUCAUAAAAACCCAGUAUUUCUGACCUGUUUAGAAAUAGUGAGUCUGAGGUGAAGCUCAGGUACUGUAGCUCCUACAUUCACCAGCCAUCAUGUGUGACAGUGAUACCUCGACUUUAAAGCAAAAAAAAACAAAACAGAAUGGCACUUUGCCUCUCUGAAAUGCUGACAAAGAUCAAUUCUUUAAAGACAUAUCAACAUGUUGUUGGUGUUUGUGCUGUAAAGUCAUCAGUGUUUAAUGUUAGUGUUUCAUCAGUCUUUAAUACUGUAUGGAGAUAAUCAUCAAUCAUGGCUAUCUUGUCUUGUCCAAUCUGAUGUGAGGGACCAGUGCAUGAACACACUUGAUUUUAACCUUUACUGAGUGAUUACUUUAUGACAGAGUAUUACAGAAACUUUACAAAUAGAUAAAGUAGAUUAGCAAGAAUAAAGCCGUAGGGAUUAAAAUCGCUUAAAUCGAAAAUGAAGUCUUAAUUUUACAAGGUAGUUAUGGAUUAAUGAAGUAGUAAUAGUAUGACACCAAAGUCAAAUUAUUCUAAAAACAUCAUAUUACAAAAAAGUUGUUCAAUUGUGAGGAAAAAUUGUAAACCCACAAUUAAAGUUCUUAGAGAUUUAAAUGUCCAAAAUAUACAGUCAUAAUAUGAAUGUAAAGUUCUGAUAUGAGACUAAAAAAGUCAUAACAUUUAAAGAAUAAAGUCUUGGUUUUUGAAGAAUUAAGUUGUGAGAGAAUAUGAAGCUAGAAUAUAAGUGAGGCGCUAAUAAAACAUCAAGGCUGUUUUUUAAACCUCUGACCAUACUAUACUAGCAGUACGUUCCGAUUUGGCCAAAAUUCAGUAUGUAGUAUGUGAACAAGAGCAAAUUCUGCAGUAUGCCAAAACUCCCCAGAUGUCCUACUGAUUUGGGAAAAUGUCUCAGUAUGCAGCAGAUCAGUCUCCCUUGCAUACUGUUUCCCACAAUGCAAUGCACUAACGUUACAAUUCUUCUUUUUUAAAUUUAAACCAUUUUUAAAUCGUAAGUGAUGCUAAAGAAGCAGUUUAUCAGCUUGGCCGUUGCUUACUUCCGCUUUCUAAAACCAGAAAUCCAGCGACACCUGACCCACCUUCCUGCAAAACACAAAUAAAAGUCAUACUACAUACUACCUUCAAACACAGUAGGUAGUAUGCAGCAGGCGGUUUCAAAAACAGCCGAAGUCAUAUUAUGACAGGAAUACUAUUUUACAAGAUUUGAGUGAAUAUGCAAUAUAUAAAGGCAGAGUCAGAAUUUUACAAGGAGGUUAUGGGAGAUGAAAUUAUGAUACCGAAGUCAUAGUAUGGAGAAAAACAAGAGAAAAACAAGCAAACAAACACAAUUUCCCCCCCCAAAAAGUCUUGUUAUGACGGUGAAGUCCUGAGAGAUUCAAAUUUAAAUGUUUCAAGAAUGAAGUCAUCAUUUUAUGAGAAUAAAGAUGUAGCGUUACAAGAAUAAAGUCCUAAUUUUAAGAGAAAAGGGGGAAAUUACAAAUGUAAUAUUACGAGGCCGCCUGUUGGACCACCUUUCUCCAGAGACGAUUCAGUUUAUUUCACAUCUUCAAGCCAAAAGUUUAAAUAUUCAUGAAUUAUGAAACUUGUACUGAAGUAUAACUUUACAAGAUGCUCCACAUUCCUCAUUCUAACACAGGCUGUUCUCCUGAAAUAACCAAACAGGUUUUUUCUCAUGAAAUGAUGACUUUAUUUUUGUAAAAUUGACUCUUAACCAUCAAAACCUGAGAUGACCCGUCUUGAAUGUAGUCCUAAUACUCUAUCUUAGCUUUACUUCUUACAUCUAACUGAAGCUGUGUUUUAUUACAUGCUUGAAAAACAUAUUGCUGAAAUUUUAUAAAACUUGAGUUGCAAAGAUUUUGCACUAUCUCCUGCAGCUAGUUGCUAACUUUAACUUUAACAGCUUCUGUGUGGGCUGUGGCUAGAAACUAGCUUAAGGAAAGUACCAGAAGUCGCAGGCUUAAAGCUCCGUGGAGCAGGUAGUCAUCACAAUACAACUGUAGUCAAACUCACAAAGCUGUAAAAACUGUUGGCAGAAACUAUCCACAGUAUGCUAACAGGCUAGCAUUAGCCUCCAUUAGCUCCUGGUUGUGCUGGAUCUAGUGGGACUGUAGCAGCAAAUUCCCAAAGUGGACUAAACAGUGAGUGAGGUCAAACUUUUUGUACGUAAGGGGGUGUUUUCAUUCCUUGUUUUUUGUAAGAUUCAUGGUCUCUCUGUGGUGUGAUGUUCUCCUGAUGUUACUCCAACAAACAACUCAAACUGUGCCAUAACUCAAACCGUAUUUGUAUUGACAGAGUAUGAUGUGGACUCCAAAAUAAAGAAGUACCAUAUUUUCAA